UUACAACAGCUUGCUUCCAGUUGUUUAAACAGAAACUGUGUUUGCACUCGUAGACUGACAAAUGGAUGUUAUAAUGAAAUUCAUUUAUUACAAUUUGAUUCUGGACCAGACUGCAUUGCUCGACUUUCACGUGAUCUAACCCAUCCUGUAGAAAAAUUUGAAAGUGAAGUUGCAACUAUGAAAUAUAUUGCACAAAAUACUAAUAUCAAAGUUCCAAAAGUAUAUGAUUGGGAUUGCACUGUUAAUAAUCCAAUAAAGACUCCUUACAUUCUGAUGGAACGGCUACCUGGACAGCAUUUAUAUCGAGUUUGGGAUAAAUUAACAUUUGAAGAAAAGAAAUGUAUUUUAAGCCAAAUGGUUGACAUA